CUCUGUCUCUCUUUAAGGGUUAGUCUCGUACUCCUUCUGCGUAGUUCCUCAAUCGAAAUUGAUCUGUGUUUAUAUUUGGAAAAAGACUUUUGCUUCUUCUUCGUUCGUAAAACCAAUUCAAAGAGUCAAUAUGUCAGGUGAUGAGGCUGUUGUUGCUCCUGUUGUUCCUCCUGUUGCUGAGGCAGCAGCGAUCCCAGAGGACAUGGAUGUGAGUACUGCAUUGGAGUUGACAGUAAGGAAAUCUCGUGCUUAUGGUGGUGUUGUUCGUGGUCUCCAUGAAAGCGCUAAGCUUAUCGAGAAGCGUGUUGCUCAGCUCUGUGUCUUGGCUGAAGAUUGCAACCAACCUGAUUAUGUCAAGCUGGUUAAAGCUCUUUGCGCUGACCACAGCAUCAAGUUGCUUACGGUUCCAAGUGCCAAAACCCUCGGGGAAUGGGCUGGUCUUUGUAAGAUUGAUUCAGAGGGAAAUGCAAGGAAGGUUGUUGGAUGCUCAUGUCUUGUGAUCAAGGAUUACGGUGAGGAGACAACUGCUCUAAACAUUGUCAAGAAGCAUCUUGAGUCUAACUAAAUCAAGCAAAAAGGUCAAGUUUUCAGAUGCUUUCAUCCCAAAGGAAAUGCAUUUUGUUUCUUGUGGCCACUCUCUUUUUUUCUUUCUCGUUCUCUCUGUUUUGGAUAUUAAAUACUCAGUAGUGGAUAUGUCAUGUUCGAUUUGUUUCGAACAUGAAAGUUUUGAUGUUAUGUUAGGUUCUAUCAAUUCCAUGACCAACCUCGCUCAUUAAGAUUU